AUGACGACGACGACGAAUAAUACUAUACACUCGUCGUCGAAUUUUUUAACCGAGUACGAAAAAGAAAGAAACGCGCGAGUGAUGCGAAACGAACUGUUGAUGCGUCGUUUAGGAUUGUCCGACUUUGAUUCGCACAUGCAUAAAAACGCAUCAUCUUCUAAAAACAAAAGAGAAGAAGAGGAUGAUUCAUCCGAUGAGAAGAAGAAGAAGAAGAAGAAGAAGGAGAAGAAAAGACGCGAAAGAGAAACUGACGACGUUGAAAAAGUUGUCGGUGUUCGAAGAUCGUCUUCGCGAUUAAAACGAGGAGGAGGAAAAGGAGAAACUGACGAACAACAACAACAAGAAGACAAAGACAUCAAAGAAGACAAAGAAGAAGAAUUCAAAGAAAGAGACGAAGAACAAGAACGAAAACAUCGCAUCGCAGAGCAGGAGUUUUCGUACAGAAACAAGAUGAAACAGAAGAAACAGACCAUCGUGGGCACGGCGUCGUAUCAACACACGUUGAUGAGAGUGCGAACGAUGACGGAACCGAAAUUAAGGAACAGGAUGCAUGCGAUAUCGCGAGCGAAAGGGCAACACUGCGUAACGAAGAUGCGUUUGUUCGCGAGGAUAUUGUUUUUAGAAGGAUACGAGGAACUCGCCGAGGAGUGCGCGGAGGAGUUAAGCGAGUUGAUUGGGAUUCUAGGAGACGCGAAAGAUGACGAAACGAGGGAGGUUGAAGAAGAAAAAGUUUUGGAAGAAGAGGAAGAAGAUGACGAAAACGAUACUAAUAACAAAGAAAACGAAGAAGAAUUUUGUAAGCAAUUUCAUUGCGGGCAAAAGACAAACUUGGACGAUCCUCAGAUUUUUAAGUGUGUCGUCGACAUCGAAAGUCACGCGAGAACGAUGAGCAGCGGCGGCGAGAAUAAAGACGGAGAAAAGGACGAAGACGUUUACCAUCGAGCUUGCCUAUCGAUGUCGAAAGGCAAAUCCGGGAUGUUGGAUAAAACAGGGGGGGUCACUUUUGUUCUCAACGAGGACGGCACGUACGACGUGGUUAAAUCGUCGGUAUGA